UUGCCAUACUCACACGCUUUUUCACAACCCAACAUCCAAACACUCCCAAAAAAAUCCCCGUCUUUCCCUCUCUCUAGAUUUCGAGCAUUAAUGGCCCGUAAAGAGAUGGAUGUAGUGAAGGGCCUGGAUUCGCAGAGAUACAUGGGCCGUUGGUACGAGAUAGCCUCAUUUCCAUCAAGAUUCCAGCCCAAGAAUGGAAUAGAUACAAGAGCUACAUACAAACUCAAUGAGGAUGGGACGAUCCAUGUACUUAAUGAGACAUGGACGGAUAGCAAGAGAGGAUACAUUGAAGGGACGGCUUACAAAGCUAACCCAUCAAGCGAUGAAGCCAAGCUGAAGGUGAAAUUCUAUGUCCCACCUUUCCUACCUAUCAUCCCAGUCGUUGGAGAUUAUUGGGUCUUGUACAUUGAUGACGAUUAUCAGUACGCUUUGAUUGGACAACCUUCAAGGACUUAUCUUUGGGGCUUGAAGUUUUUUUUUUUUUGUUUUGUUCAGAUAUUGUGUAGGCAGAACCACAUGGAUGAAGAGAUAUACAUGCAACUGGUCGAGAAGGCCAAAGAGCAAGGCUAUGAUGUCAGCAAACUUCACAAGACAAGUCACUCCAACCCUCCACCUGAAGAUGAUGAUCAGACCCCAAAAGACACCAAAGGCAUCUGGUGGAUCAAAUCUAUCCUAGGCAAAUAAAAAAUAUAAUUAAAUAAAUAAACAGAUACACUAAAGCUGUGUGCGUGUGUAUGAUAAAAACUAGAGGGUGGAUUUUGCUCUUUUC